AUGGCUCCAUUGGCAAUCGACCAAAUUGGAACAGGAGCGAUUUCUCCAUCAACAACAACAAUAACACACACAACUACUGUAUCUACAUACAUCUCACUCUCCCUCACCCCAUGGCAACAACCUUCCCCCUCUUCCCCUCCUCCCCCAGAACUCCGCCUCCGCAUCUGGCACAUCGCCCUAACAACCCCCUGGACCUGCACAACCCGCGCCCUCCUCCGCUCCAACCAAGAAAAAACAAUCGGCACACACCCCACAAACCCCAUCAGCCACGCCUGCCCCGAAGCCCGGCACCUCCAAACGCAAAGCUUCACCCAAAUAGACCACCUCGGCUGGUUCCAUUUCCCCAAACACCUCCUCUUCAUCCGCGACCUGACCGUGCGGGGAGUCAACCGCGCAAGACGAGUCAAAACCAACCACGCCCUGACACAUAAUCUGCAGCAUGUCGUGCUGAAUGUGUGCAGUCAGCAGAAGCUGUACGCUUCGCUCGAGUAUAUGGGUAAGGCGUACACGUCGCUGAAAAGUAUCGUUGUCGUCGGCCCGUGGUUUUUGCCCGAGGAUACGGAGGCGUAUGACUCUGUUCGCGACUGGAUCGCUCCGUAUGAAGACUGGGGUGAGGUGUUUGCGAGGUCACCCACCGAGUUAGAUCUGGCGGUGCUGGUAGAUGCGAUUGAGGGGGGGUGA